AUGGCAAAGGACAAGGACAAGGAGGACGAGGGCCCACCCGGCGCCGGCACCCUCUUCGUCUAUCAUGGCGGCUCGGCAACCCUCGACUGGGCAAAGCUCCCCGAAACACAACCGCGUCUUCUUCCUUCACCAGACGUGCUCCUCGAUCGCGGCAUCGCAGACUAUACAUACGUUCCACGUACCGAGGGUGGCGUCCUCGGCCGCGGCAAGUUUAGCACCGUCUAUCGCGUUCGCGCAGGCAGCAAGGAGUUUGCCCUCAAACACACCCCGCUCUAUCCUCACCACCCUCUCAUUGCGGCGCGUCUUUUGCGCGAGCCGACACUCCUCGCUCAACUUUCACCCCAUCCAUGCCUUAUCGGAGUAGACGGCUUUGUGCGCACCGACGGCCACUUUUAUCUUGUCGAGGAGUGCGCGCGCACCCACGUCCCGCUCCCUCACCAUCCAUUGCCACUCGCCCCUUCCCGCGCCGCCUACAUCCUGGAUCAGCUUAUCAGCGUCGUCCGUGACGACUUGCAUGCUGGCCGAGUCUGUCACCGCGACCUCAAGGGCGACAAUGUCCUUAUCGACAUUGAGACGGGCAACAUCCUACUGCUCGACCUUGGGUUGGGCACAAACUUUUCAGCAUCCGAGCCCAAGCUCACGACAUGCUGCGGUUCACCUGCUUUCCACAGCCCCGAGAUUGUCAACGCUCUCAACCACCGCCCAGGAGAGGUCACCUACUAUGGCCCCGAGGUCGACAUUUGGUGCAUCGCGCUCACAAUGCUCGCGAUGCUGCUGCAGACGCGCUUCCCACUUGGGCCUCACCACAAGUCGCGGACGAUCAUGGCCGAGCGCGCUAACGAGUGCCUCGACCUCAUGGACGCGAUAUACCCACCAGGCGAGCCGUGGCGCGCCCUCGGCCCGGGUGUCGUGACACAGCUCACCGACAUUGAGCUCGUCGAGGAAGAGCUGGCGUGGACACGUGUCCGCCGCGCCAUGUACAACUUUGUGGACAUUGACGCGCACCGCCGCAUGAAGGCAUUCGCCAAGUACGACGUAGGGCAGUACAUGCGUGCGCGCAUUACUGACCAUGCGCGUAUGGUCGCCUUCCGCACCUUCAAGACCACGACGUUCGUUCCAUCAGAGGUCAAGCACACGCUUCCUCUCUACCUUGAGAUGGAAGACGACGGCCCUAUCGUGUUCCGCAACCCGAGCCAUGAGAGCGAGAAGCGCAUCGUCAGCUACAUCAAGUACCUCCUCCGCUGCGCAGGCAUCCUCUACCACCACGUGCCGGACACGAACCCACCCGUACUCCAGCUCGUGCUCCCGCUCGCUCCACCCGCAGAGGAACCAGACAAACGUCUUCCCCAAACGGAGGGCUGGAUGGCGCAACUCCUGGGCCUCGGGCGCAAGUCGCCCUUCCGCUCCAACUCUGUCCCACCACCAACUGUGCGGAAGGAGGCGCCACCCCUGCAAGCCGACCUUCGUGGCAAGCGCGCCUGGGCGCAGCAGGCGUGGAUGCAGAUCGAGGUCGAGAAGGUCGGCAACCUCUCCGGCAGCCGGCAGCCGUCUCGCGCCCCAAGUCGUGCGCCUUCACGCCCAACUUCGCGCCCGACCUCGCGCCCAGGAAGCAGAAACCCUAGUAAAAGCGGCCGCCCCGGCUCACGCUCGCGCGCCCUCAGCACACCAGAGGAGCCCCUCUCCCCGGCCACGGAACACACCACCCUCGAGCCUCUGCAGGAGGGCAAGCCGCACCAGCACCUGAUGCGGCACCUGGUAAGUCUCACGGCCGAGCGGAACGCGGACAAGAAGCCUGUGCCGAGGCGCACAGUGUCGACGCCAUUGAUCGAGGACCCACCCUCCCCACCCCUCUCGCCGCAUGUCCAGUUCGGCGCCCCGCUGCGGCGCACCGUCUCAGUGUCUAUCGCCGCCCUCGCACACGCGCCACGUGUUGUGCUCACUCUCUCUGAGCCACGCGGAUACCCGGUGGUGCGGGAGGCGCUGGCCACUGCCGUACCCCCUCCUCUUGAAGGCUCACGGCGACGUGGGCCAGAAGUGCCGCCAACACCACCGACACGUGCACUCGCCAUCCCAAACGCGGGCGGGGACGACGAUGAAGAGCCGUCGCGCGGCCGCUCACGUUCAAAGGAGACACCGCCAAACCACCUCCGCGAUGAUAGAGAACGGAGUUCGACGGUCAAGCCUAAUACAGGAAAGGGGAGACCGCUCAUAAUAGACACGAGUGGACACAAUACGCCGCGCCCGUCCAAGCCACGGAGACACAGCAAGGACCGUGAGCGUACCCACAACGGCGACAAGUGGAGAGCGACGAGCGAUUCGGGGCACUCGCGCUCGUCGGUCCAAUCGCGGGGGGAAAGCGCACACUCGACCCGGCGUGGCGAUUCCUCCCACUCGCGCAUGGGAGAGAGUAAUACUUCGCGCCGCUCAAACCCCGGCGAGAGCGGAAGCAUGCUCAUCCUCAAUGUUGGGAAGGCGGGCGCGGCCGCCGCCAUUGCCUCUAGACCCGUCGCGAGGCGCUCGUCCUCGGUCCCGCCACUGUUACCCGUCACACCGAUCAAGGGAUUGGGGAUGACGAACCGCGACUCUUAA